AUGCGAAAGUUGGAAUGGGACGACACGGGAGAUGCUGACCGAAUUCGACGAAACAUGUGGAUGCAUCGGUCUUCAGCUGAAUCUACAAAAGACGAUGUUCAUGCGGAACGGAUGGAUCUCGGAUGCCCCAUUCCGCUAACGGAAGACAUAUCCGAUGCACCAGCUACGUUUAUCUGGGUCGGGACUGACAUGAUGAACGACCUGACCCCCGAGCUGGGCAGGAGGAGGCGAGCGGCUUGGGGAGCGUAA